AUGCGAACCUUGUCUCUCCUCCUCCUUUCGAAUCUUUUUCUCCUCGCAGUUUUCCUUACCAUCUUCAUCAGCCCUGUCAUGGCCCGCGACGUGCUGACUCGACGAACUAUCGACUUUGAAUUCAGUGUUCGCUACCAUAGUUGCCUUGGGCCACCAAUCGGAAAACUGACCCCGGAAACCCCCAUUCGUUCGACGCUGAUUGAAGGAGAAUGGAGUGUUUCCACUAUGCAUAUCCCCACUGUACUAGGACAUGGAAUGUCCGACCCGCAUUAUGUUGACAUGUUCUGUGUCGUCUUCAACAAAUUUCCCCAGUCAUGCAGGCUCAUCUUACAAACAGACGACGAGCGUAUCCCACGACAGACUCAUUUUGGGCCAAGGCCCCCAGGGAUCCAGGUGCUGAUCGAGCACCUGAGGACUGCAGAGGUUCAUUGUGACGGAGAAACUGGAUUGUUUAGAACUGAGAUUAUUGCAGGGGGAUGGUUUGAAUAG